AUGUCCCGCCGAGCUAAGGACGACUUCUUGCGGCAUUACACCGUCUCCGACCCCCGGACGCACCCCAAGGGCUACACCGAGUACAAAGUGACCGCGCAGUUCAUCUCCAAGAGAGACCCAGAGGAUGUCAAAGAGGUGGUGGUCUGGAAGCGGUACAGCGACUUCCGCAAGCUGCACGGAGACCUGGCCUACACCCACCGCAACCUCUUCCGCCGCCUGGAGGAGUUCCCCGCCUUCCCCCGCGCCCAGGUGUUCGGCAGGUUCGAGGCCUCUGUGAUCGAGGAGCGGCGCAAAGGGGCCGAGGACUUGCUCCGCUUCACUGUGCACAUCCCCGCGCUCAACAACAGCCCUCAGCUCAAGGAGUUCUUCCGGGGGGGGGAGGUGACACGGCCUGCCCAGGUGUCCAGGGACCUGCACAUCCUGCCGCCCCCUCUGACCCCCACCCCGCCCCCCGAGGAGCUCCAGCGGCCUCCGGAGGAGUCCUGGCUCCCCCAGCCUCUCCCCGCAGAGAAGAGGGGCCUGGAGGAGUUGGAGGCGCCAGCGGAGCCCCUGCCGUCCAGCCCUGCCCAGGAGGCCCUGGGUCUCCUCUUUAACUGCGGGAGCACCGAGGAGGCGUCCAGUUCCCCAGCCCGAGGCCCCCUCACCGAGGCCGAGCUGGCCCUCUUCGACCCCUUCUCCAGGGAAGAGGGUGCAGGCCCCAGCCCUACCCACACAGGGGAGCUGACAGCACUGGAGGCGGAGCCCGAGAGGCCGGGCCAGGAAGCCUGGGAGCCUGGAGGUCAGGAGGAGGAGGAGGAGGAGGACAAGGACGGCGGGCCCACCCCUGCCUAUCUGAGCCAAGCCACCGAGCUCAUCACCCAGGCCCUUCGGGAUGAGAAGGCCGGCGCCUACCCUGCGGCUCUGCAGGGCUAUCGGGACGGCGUGCACAUCCUGCUUCAGGGAGUUCCUGGUGACCCAUCGCCCGCCCGGCGGGAAGGUGUGAAGAAGAAGGCGGCAGAGUACCUGAAGCGGGCAGAGGAAAUCCUGUCCAAAGUCCCACCCUGA